AUGUCUUCUCGCUACCGCUCUUCCCGCCAUGUCUGUGGCUGUUAUGUAUACCAUUCCGAGACAUCUGAGCGGACUUACCUUCCUCAGGUCAAACUUGAUGCUCAUACAACGAUACUUUCAACGGCCGCCCGCACCGUGCUGACGCAGACAUUCGUCAACCAUUCGAGAGAUGCAUUGAAUGAGGUCCGAUAUGCGUUUCCGUUAUUCGACGGCGUGAGUGUUGUUGAGUUCUUCUGCCAGAUCGGCGAGCGCACCAUUUACGGUCUAGUGAAAGAGAAGAACGAAGCCAGGAAAACCUACGAGGAGGCCAAGGAGCGUGGCGAAAGCGCAGCACUACUUGAGCAACUGCCUGACGCGGCGGAUGUUUUCACAACUGCUAUCAGCAAUAUUCCAAACGGCGCAUCUGUACAAGUAUCCAUCAAGUACGUGCAGGAAUUGAAGCACGAUGCUGAAGUCGAUGGUAUUCGUCUCACCAUCCCCUCGUCGAUCUCGCCUCGUUACGGAUACUACCCAGGGAAGCUUCAAGAAACCUCAGCAGAGAUUGAUUCCAAAGGAAUCUCGAUAACAGUGGAUGUGAACAUGGCGCAAGGGAUUCCCAUCAAGAAGGUCAUUUCCCCAUCACAUCCCAUCGAAGUUACCCUCGGAUCGCUAUCAACCAGUACUAACGACGAAGAUGCUUCAAUUUCGAGGGGUUCUGCCACACUCGCCUUGGGCACCACCGAACUAGACAAGGACUUUGUCUUGCAGGUGGUUGCGAAAGACGUUGGUAUACCUCAGGCGAUCCUCGAAACACACCCGACUCUCCCCAAUCAGCGCGCGUUGAUGACGACAUUGGUACCCAAAUUUAACAUCAAGUCGCAAAAGCCCGAGGUUGUAUUCAUUGCAGAUCGUUCUGGUAGCAUGGAAGGCCAUAUUCCCACUUUGAAGUCGGCGCUCAAAGUGUUCUUGAAGUCGAUUCCCAUCGGCUGUUCAUUCAAUAUCUGCUCAUUUGGAAGCAGCCACUCAUUUCUUUGGCCGGAGAGCCGGAUGUAUGACCAGGAUACACUUACGGAGGCUAUCCGACACGUCGAAACAUUUAGGGCAGAUUUUGGUGGUACAGAGACUCUCACUGCGGUUAAGGCAUGUUUUGAAGCUCGCGAUACUGGACUUCAAACCGAGCUCAUGCUGCUUACUGACGGCGACAUAUGGUCCCAAGAACGGUUGUUCAACUACGUAUCCGAGAACACGAAAGGUGGCGACGUCCGUGUAUUCCCUAUUGGAAUCGGUAGUGGCGUUUCUAGUGCGCUGAUCGAAGGCGUUGCGAGAGCAGGGAGAGGUUUCGCUCAGAUGGUUGCCGACAGCGAAAAGCUGGACAGCAAGAUCGUCCGGAUGCUUAAGGGUGCACUCACGCCUCAUAUUAAAGACUACCGUCUCGAAGUCAAAUACGAAGACGGCAGCGUUGAAUCCGUCGCUGACAGCCUCCGUGUGAAACUCAGUAUUGCAGGGGAACCAGAAAGCAAAGCUGCUGUCUCUGAAGCGAAGCCAAUCUCGCUUUACGACCCUGACGUCCAAGAAGAGCAUCCUAAGGAUGGUGAGCCAAAGAACGUCUUCGCAGGUCUACCGGAACUCAAGCGCCCAAACCUUUUGCAAACACCUCAUGAAAUACCAUCAUUGUUCCCGUUCAACCGUACCUGCGUCUAUCUUAUCAUGUCCCCAGAGUCAUCGCAUCUGCAGCCAAAGAGCGUGGUACUUAGAGGUACCUCACCUCAAGGCCCGCUAGAGCUUGAGAUCCCGGUCGAAGUGAGAAAGGACGCCGAUCAGAUGAUUCAUCAGUUGGCAGCUCGCAAGGCAACACAAGAACUUGAAGAAGGCCACGGUUGGCUAUCCGAGGCUACUGUUGACGAUGCAGGCGUACUGGUCAAAGACAAACAUCGCACCCAGUUCCCUCUGCUCCAGCGACGUGAGGCUGUCCGUCUCGGAGUUGAGUAUCAGGUUGGCGGCAAACACUGCUCGUUCGUAGCCGUAGAAGCCAAUGAGGCCGAGAUUGUAGAGAAGCGGAAGAAAGUACUAGAAGCGACACUGAGUCGGGAUGACAAGAAAAAUGACAACGACUGGGAGGUAUUGGAAGACGGUAAGUACGCCUCUAUCCAAAUGUGCUCCAUGCCCGCCUCUGCGAAUGCAAGCGCACGAACCGGUGGGGUUCGUCGGCAGCUCGCCAGUAAGGCAGCCCGUAAGUCUGCUCCAUCUUCGGCCGGUGGGGUCAAAAAGCCUCCACGGAAGAGGCGCUCGACUUCUACAAGAGACCCUUGGACCACGAAGAAGCGUAAGCGUACUAACAAGCCUACAGCUUCGUCGGGUGGUUUCACAGCAUACGGCGGGUCUCCUUUUGGUGCCCCAGAAGAGUUUAGUGCACGCGCUUCUGUAAGCCAGAGCAGCACUGGGUUCUUUGGCGUAGCCUCUCGUGGUGGAAGAGGUUUGGGUCGAGGCGGUGCAAUGCGUCACCGAAAAGUUCCUCAAGCUGAAAUCGCAGAUCCUACCAUCGAAGAUGCCGAUUUUUUUGGUCUGGACAUGGAAGAGAAGGAAGAGUCAGAUGAAGACAUGGGUUUUGCCCUUAUGGACAGCCCUGUGUCUCCCCAAAGUCCAGCGUACUCGCCAACAUCGCCGUCCUCACCCAACAGCAAAAGGCAAAAAACUGAAGAAGAAACUGGCACCCUUCUUCAACGCCUCAUCGCGCGUCAGUCUUUCGAAGGCUCGUGGGCAGCUAUCGACAAGCUUCCUCACGAUGAGAUGAAGCUUGAUCACGAUGCUGCUAGCAAAGCGAUCGCCGAGCUCACUGAGACGAAUGCUGACCAGGUCUUGGCUACUGCGACUGUAGUUAUGUUCUUAGAGAAGAAGAUGCAGGAUGAAGAAGAAACUUGGGAGUUGGUUGUUGAGAAGGCGCGCGCCUGGCUUGAGAAUGAAGUGUCGGAGGAUGUUCUGGCUCAGGUAUGGAAGUUGGCUGGGGGCAUCGUUGGGUAA